CGUCCAGUCAGUCGUCAUUCAUUGCCGAAGAAGUGUGUGCUAAAUUCCUUUUUUUUUAUUUUGGGUGCAAAAAAUACAAAAAAAAAAAUUAAGAAAAUGUCCCAUAAAAAUCCCCCAGUGGUUAUUCGCAGUAAAAGCAUGAGAUUCGACACACGAGGAUCAUUGACAGCAAUUGAAGAUCUCGUUCAAUGUGCCAUUUGCUUCGAUCGAUUGCAGAAUCCCAAAAUGCUGGCGUGUCAGCAUACAUUCUGCCAUGGAUGUCUCGAGGCAAUCUUUGGCAACAGCAUAAAUGGCACAAGAGAAUGCCCAACCUGCAGGAUGACUUUCACAGCACAACUCAGUGAUCUUCCCACAAAUCUCUACAUUUGUUCCCUUCUUAAAUUAGUUGGAAGUGCCACUGAUUCACUCAGUUCAUCACCAACAACGUGUCACUUGGAGGAACGAUGCGUUAAAUGUGAAAUGGUAUCGUUCGCAACUGAAUUUUCAAGCUCUGAUAAGAAAUUAUUCAGAGAUUGCAGCCACUGUCGCCAGAAAUUCUGCCAAAUAUGCUGGACCUCUCAUAUGGCUGAUCUCACAAAUCAACUCUCCAACCUGUCUGAUCAGUUAAAGAAUGCCGAAGAGUGUCUAACACACAAAUUGGACAACAUAAAGGAUCGCAUGGAACAGUUGAGGAGCCAUAUUAGCCAAUUUGUCGUGAGUCAAGUCCAGGAAUUGAGACAAAAAGAAAUUAGUGCUAUUGAGAGUGCGAAACAGAUGGUUGAUGAAGCCACUGAAAAAUAUCAGACAAUUGUGGAUGCAAUUGAGAGCACAAAGAAAGAUUUGAAUGGGAAAAUUCAUCAAAUGGAGCCUGACCACGAGGCUAGCACUUAUUUCCUUCAGAUGCACAAAAAAGUAUCAGAUAUCCUGCAAGAUAUUUCCAAAUGGGGCGACAUUCGGAUGAUUUUCAAUGAAGAAGAAUUGAGAGUGGAAAUAAAUAAUCCAGAAUGCGAAAACACUGACACUGACGAAGAUACCCUGGAGCAAGAAGACAUCAAUCCACUGGAAGACAAGAAUACUCUGACAAAGUACAUUAUCUCCAGGGAUUUCAGACCCAAACUCUCCUGGAAAAAAUGUCCUCGUCCACUGGGAAUAUUUCUUGCUCCUUGGAUUGAUGAAAUUGUUGGAGAACAAUUAUUGUAUGUCGCUGGAUCAGACAGUAAGAUUAUCUUUGCGAUUGAAAGAAAGAAAGGACGUAUAAUUCACAGGAUUUUCCAUGAAGAAAUGAUAUAUCCUCACAGCAUUGAAAUUUCUAGUGAUUCCCAAGAGAUAUUUGUAUCAGACAAAUGGAAGCAUUGCAUUUUUGUGUUUUCCCGCCAUGGGGAACUUCAGAGAAUGAUUGGUUCCAAGGGUGAUACCGAGGGAUGUCUCAGAUCACCAGAGGGAAUAACCCUUGGCCCUGACAACACCAUCUAUGUCUGUGAUACUGGAAAUGAUCGUGUCCAGUGUCUCAAUAGAAUCACUGGACAAAUGAUCCUUCAAAUCGGUCAAGUCAAGAAAGCACAAUUAAUUGCUUCGGCAGUUCAGAAAACCAUUUCAAAACUCGCUGAUCUUCAGUCACCAACAGCAAUAGCCCUUCAUGGAAGCGAUAUUGUUAUCCUUGACAGUGGACACUGCAGGGUGAAGAUCUUCAACGCAUUGGGCGAGAAAGUUAGUGAAUUUGGAAAAAUGGGCACCCAAAGAGGACAAUUGAAAUACCCUGAGGUUCUUACAGUUGGAAUACAUGGAUUCAUCUACUUAGGAGACAGUGGAAAUGCUCGAGUUCAGAUCUUUACUAAAGAUGGGCAUUUGAUAAGGACAAUCAGAGGACGAGGACGGUCGUCUGGAUUUUUCAAAUGGAUUUCUGGAAUUCACGUGACUCCUGACCUUGAGGUCAUCGUGAGUGAUCACAAGAAUCAUUCAGUGCAGAUUUUUCAAUAAAAAAAAAUAUCUGAAAUUUUGAGAAAAUGUCUACUAACCUCUUCAUUUUUUGCUGCAUGAUGACCAAAAGAAAUUUGUAAUUUUUUCUUUGAAAUAAUUAAUGAAUUUAUCUAAUAAAGCACUUAUUUGAUAGACUA